CAGACAGCACUACGGAAUCCUCCACCAAAUCACCACCCUCAUAUACCUUAAUCUGCGAAACCGCUAUCCCCUUCACGUCUUUCCUAUUGAAGAUGGAGAAGCACCCUGACACAGUCCCAGAAAGCGACCGUGAGGAAGAUGUUCAGCUAGGAGAAGGAGAUAUAGAAAAACCCGAGCCCGGAGAACAUGUGACCGAAAUUAUCUUUUGUGGAUAUGCCUUCCAUAUUAAGCACGGGGUGCCCCGGGAGCACCGAGAUGAGCUAUGGGAAUUGUGGGCCACAGAAAACAUUACAUACGAGGAUAUUCCAGAGCAUUUGAAAGUCUACGAGUUUACCCCGGAGGAAUAUGAUGAGCUGGAGAGAGAGGAGAAGGAUUUCAAGCGUGGUGGGUUCGUGGCCACUGGCAACAAGGACGAGGACAAGGACGAAGACAAAGCUGAGGACAUGGAAGAGGGUAGCUUGCCAGGAAAGCCUUGAGGUGAUAUUGACAAGGUUUUGUGUUCACCAGACCGUGUGCUAUGUUACUGGUGUCAUUGUUCACACGCUUAGUAUUUGACACGACGUAAGGGGAAGUCGACGAAUGAAGGGCUGAGACAAAGAAUUUUUCGGAAUGGAUCCUAACAUGACAAUACUGCAUCAGGCUGUACAACUUGUAUCAAG